GUUUAAUUUAUAAUAUUUUAGACAAGCUGUUAGUGUUAGAACUACUAAAUUAAUUCAUAAGAAAAAAAGGAUACAACAAUAAUUUAACUAUUUAAUAAAACUAUAAGACAAACAGAUCUUGAAUCAGAUCUAGAAAUUCUAGUUCACCAACUUCAAGGCAGAGGGAGCGAUGUCAGGUGACUUGAGCAAUACGGAAUACAGUACUACUGACUUGUAGUCAGUGAGUAGUGUUACUGUUAGUGUGUGUUUGUGAGAGAGAGAGAGAGCCAGCUAGCUCUCAACAGUGACUGAACAGGAAAACAUUGUUCCCCAGGCAUGCUGAUAAUGUAAAAAAAGCUCUUCAGACAUGGAAGAAAUAGAGAUAAAAGUUGGAUCGGGAAGAUCUGCGGCUUCACCAAGGGUCCAUAAAAAUCAACAACAAACCACACAGAUGCAUUACACACCACAUAACAUGGCGUCAGUUGCUGCAGAUGCUGCCGCCACUGUGCAUGCAAGUGCACACACUGGUCUAAUGAAUGAUGCAAAGGCUAAAACAGUUUUGAAGGAAGCUGUUGAUGCUGUUGUAAACAGCUUUGCAAAACAUACACAUGGAUAUGGAAGAGUGAAUGUGGUUGAAGCCUUGCAGGAAUUUUGGCAAAUGAAACUAGAAAGGGGUGCAGAUUUAACUAAUGGAGCUUUGGUUGUGUAUGAAUCACAACCAGCUACUGCGCCUCCUUAUGUAUGCUAUGUUAGUCUACCUGGUGGAAGCUGCUUUGGGAGUUUUCAAGUAUGCAACACUAAAGCUGAGGCAAGGAGGAGUGCUGCCAAAAUUGCUUUGAUGAAUUCUGUAUUUAAUGAGCACCCAUCUAGAAAAAUAACAGAUGAGUUUAUUGAAAAAGCCAUUACUGAUGCUAUCACCUCUUUCCAGGGAUCUCCAUCAGAUGCAGACAAACCAAAUACUGGCAUUGGAGCCUUCAAGUUCAUGUUGGAAGCCAAUAAAGGACGAUCCAUGCUAGAGUUUCAGGAACUCAUGACUGUGUUUCAGCUUUUGCACUGGAAUGGGAGUCUGAAGGCCAUGAGGGAGAGGAAUUGUUCACGUCAGGAAGUAUUAGCCCACUACUCUCAUCGUGCUCUAGACGAUGACAUGCGAUCACAAAUGGCGCUUGACUGGAUCGCCAGGGAGCAGGAGUCUCCUGACAUUAUUUCUUCAGAGCUUGAAGUAGCUGAGCAAGACCUUGAGAACGCCAGAUUGGCUGGUAGGGAGUUGCGGUUUUUCAAGGAAAAGAGAGAUAUUCUUGUGCUUGCGCUCAGCCAGAUUGGACCAACAGGUGAAACCGUUGCUUAAUUAAUCAGCUUAUUAGUUUAAACAUGGUUCAUCUUAUUUUUUAUUGGAUAAAAUUUAAACGGUUAAAAACUUGUAAUAUUUUGAGUCUGGCAAAAUAUUUUGACCAGAAUACUGUGAAAUAUGGUUAGUUUUUUUAGGAUUAUUUUUAUAUUUUUUAUAUUUUAGAAAUUCAUAGUUGAGAAUACUCAUGUUAUUUUCUGUAAUUCAAACCACUAGAAAUUUUGUGAGAUAUAUAAAUAGUGUGACAUAUUAUAGUACAUGUAUUUAAAACUUGUGAACAUUAAUUGUACUUUUAAUUAGAAUUAAGUAUUAACAACCUUUAUGGAUCUACAUAGUGUAUUUAAAAUAUGUCUCUUGUAGUCCACGUUAAAGUGACAUUUUCUCCUUAAACAAAUAUUGUACCUGGUUAGUAUAGAGUCUGUUUCUGUAGUAUGGCUAAGGAGUAUUAAUGUUCAAUUAAUUCAGACUUACAACAAAAACAUGAUAAUAUAUUUUGUGUAUGAGCAGGUGAACAUUAAAAUUAUACAAAUUUGUAAAAUAUAUACAUAAUUUUUUUAUAUAGCACAUACAAAAAAAAACAAUUGAAUUUCAUCUGUGAGAAAAAUUUUCUAAACAUGUUGUUUUUCUUUUAGGUGCUGAGUUGUAGUUUUGAAGUUGUGCAUUUUGAGUAUAAUUUUGGGUAGCUAAACAUCAAUUCAGUGUCUUGUGUAAUGCAGCAUCUUGUGUCUUAUUUUUAAAAAAAUAGCCGUCCAGUAAAUUAAAUAGGUUUCAAAACAUUUCCAAGUUCACAUUUUUCAAUGAAAAUAAAAUAAAAAUCACUGGCUACUAUUCAACUACAAUAUGUACCAGGUUGUGACAUUGUUUAUUGCUGUUAAAUUUUCACUACUAGGUGUAGUUCAAUAGGUUCAAGUGCCUCUUUUAUUUUGCCAUAAGUUUUAACUUGUACUUUUUAAAAACAUACACCUGUGACUAUUGAGAUUUAAUGUUGUUUUAUGCAAUUUACUCUUAUCACUGCAAGGCCAUUUUUUUGUUAAUAUAUAUAAAAAGACAGUUUUUAUGUAUUUUAUUGAACUACAUUGCCUUUUUAAAUUAGGUUGAUAGUUUAUUUUUGUAUUGGUGGCUUUUUUGCAAUUAAUUACUCCACCACCUUUCUUGUACCAGGAGUACAGAUAUCUGAUUAGACGUGUUAAAUUACAAAUAUGCAACAAUUCAUAAUUUUCUUUUAAAAUUAAGAACAAAUGUAUAUUACACCUGUCCCCAUUGCAAUAUGAUCAGUUAACUGAAUCAUUAAAAAACAUGAUUUGUUGUUUGUUAUUUUAAAAUUACAUUUCCUGUAAAUUUGAUAAUCCUUUCCUUUUAUGUAACAACAGAGUUUGUGUAACUUCUCUGCGUAAUUUUCCCCCUUUUCUGUUUUUAUGAUUAAAAAAAAAGAAUUUGGGAUAAAAUGUUACAAUGUUGUUUUCUAAGUUGUUUUAAGUAUAAAAAAUUAAAAAAAAAAUAUAUAUACUAUAAAUGUUUGUAUAGAUUAUUGGUCAAUUCUAUUGCAACUGGGGUAUUUAGCCCAUCUCCCUAAAAACUAUGACAUUCAAAUUAAUACUGUUUUGUUUGUUCAGAAUCUCUCUUUAUACUGUCUCAUGAAAUCAGUAUAGAUAGUUGAUACAGCCUUGUGAAACUAUAGUUGUCACUCUUAAUUUUUUUACACAAUCUUUCUGUACUAUAUUGAUCAUUUAUAACUACUAUUUCGGUUAAAAUGUUUUGUAAAAAUGCACAUAAACUUAAAACAUUGUGAAUUUAUUUUUGCCUUUUAAAUCUAUUUAUUAUUUAGAGUUGUGACUUAUGAAAAAUAUUUUCAUAUAAUACAUAUAUUAUAUUCUCUGUAUGAAUA